AUGAGCUCCGACAAAGUACAUGUGCAAGACGGCCGACCAGAUCUCAAGGCAUGGCUCCGCGACCCCUCUCUGCUACGCGACAGAUGCUUCGUCAACGGCAAGUGGACUGAGUCCAACUCGGCCGAAACCUUCACUAUCGUCGAUCCCGGUAGCAAUCUACCCUUUGCCACAUGUCCGGCAUCUGAUGCUUACGAUGUCGAUACCUGUGUGCAGUCGUCGCAUGCCGCCUUCGAGAUCUACCGGGAGGUCAACCCCAGAGCACGGGCGAAGCUGCUUCUCGCGUGGCAUCAGCUGAUUGAAGAGAACAAGCAUGACAUAGCGAAGAUUGUCGUUUGCGAGUCUGGCAAACCCCUCGCUGAAGCUAUUGGAGAGGUCGAGUAUGGACUUGGUUUCACCUGGUGGUUUGCAGGGGAAGCAGAAAGAAUUCGAGGCUCUGUAGCGCAACCGUCCUUCUCCGAUCGUCGUGUUGUGGUCAUCAAGCAGCCCAUCGGCGUCGCAGUUGCACUCGUUCCAUGGAACUUUCCCGUAGCCAUGAUCAUGCGCAAAGCUGCUGCUGCGCUUGCUGCUGGAUGCACCAUGAUCAUCAAGCCUUCUCCAGAAACGCCCCUCAGCGUCCUUGCGCUUGUCGAGCUAGCUCAUCGAGCUGGCUUUGCGGACGGAGUCUUGAAUGUCUUGACAACCGACAUGCAGCGUACCCCUGAGGUCAGCGAGGCCCUGUGCAAGCACGACCUGGUGCGCAAGGUGACCUUCACUGGCAGCACCGCUAUCGGAAGUCUGAUAGCGCGGCACUGCAGCUACGGGCUGAAGAAGCUGACCCUGGAACUUGGUGGCAACUGCCCCUUCCUUGUGUUCGACGACGCUGAUUUGGAUUCCGCUCUUAGUGCCCUGAUGAUCUUGAAGUGGAGGACCGCUGGUCAGGCAUGCACUCAUGCAAAUCGCAUCUACGUACAGAAGGGUGUAUUCGACAAAUUUGAGGGCAUGAUCCUUGAUGCCGUGUCCAGAAUUCGCGUCGGCCACGGUUCUGAACCAGGGAGCACCAUGGGCCCCCUGACAACACCACGGGGCAUCGAGAAGCUGGAGAAGCUGAUCGAAGAUGCUCGUAGUAAGGGCGCCAUUGUGAAGACUGGCGGCCAGCGACCUCCUCAUCUUCCUACGGGUAACUUCUUUGAGCCCACAGUUAUAUCUGAGAUGACCUCAGAUAUGCUGGCCUACAGGGAGGAAAUCUUCGGUCCGCUACUUUGCUUAUAUCGUUUUGAAACCGAAGGCGAGGCUAUCAAGCAUGCCAAUGACACUUCGAUGGGCUUGGCUUCUUACUUCUUCACAAGAGACGUUAACAGGACUUGGCGUCUACUGGAAAAGUUGGAGACCGGCAUGAUUGGCGUAGGAAACUCCUCAUGUGCAGAAUCGCCUUUUGGUGGUAUCAAAUCAUCUGGAUAUGGGAAAGAAGCGGGCAAAGAUGUUGCUAUCGAGGAAUACUUGAUUACUAAGACAGGAACGCUCACGCUAGAACAGAGUCGCCUCUAG